AUUCCUCUGUGGCAUCAGAAGGCUAGCCAGCGCGCGGAGGGUGUUAUUCUGUGGGACUAUCACGUCAUCUGUUUACAGAAUAAGAGAGAUGAAAAGUCUUCAUCCUUAGUGUGGGAUUUAGAUUCCAGCCUUCCGUUUCCAUCGCCCCUUGGAACCUACGUCGCUGAAAGCAUUCGUCCGUCUAUUCAGAUAUUUUCAGAAUUCAAAAGGUUCUUUCGAGUUGUGCAUGCCCCUAUAUUCCUCCGACACUUUGCGUCAGAUAGAAGGCAUAUGAAGGAUUCCGCUGGAAACUGGAUUUCCAAACCACCAUCACAUGAAGCUAU